GAAACGUCGUGAAGUUUAGUUUACGAAACUACGAGUCAUCGGACGAGCUGUGGUCUCGCGUUGUGUGGUACUUCCAGACUAUUUGGAACUUUCGGAUUAUUAAAGUGUUUAUUGACAAUAUAUCCCAUAGUUCAACAGGAUGAGCGAUCAGCAGCGAGAUGAACAGCCGCAACGGCCGGCAUCGGCCAUAGAGGCACUUACAGCACAUGUUAAAGCGAAUAAACUGGAUACAACGCUAUGGGCGUCCCGUGUGUUAACCAUCUACUUCGCACUUGGAUAUGUCCUACCGUUCCUCUACGGAAACCCGAUAAAUGCAUACUACAAAGUGCUGAUGGCAAAUGCUGCCACCAGUGCCAUUCGGUUACACCAGCGCCUGCCUCCCUUCCAGCUAUCCCGUGCCUACCUGCAGCAAACUCUUUUGGAGGAUUCCUGUCACUAUCUUUUCUUUUCGCUAAUAUUCUUGUACGUGCAACCGAUGCUGCUUAUCAUUUUCCCCGUUGUGCUGUUUGCCGUUCUGCAUUCCACGAGCUACUCGUUGACCCUGCUGGAUACUUUGGGACAAAACUCAUGGUGGGGUGCGCGUUUGCUGAUUUCCUUGGUCGAGUUCCAAACCCGCAACAUUCUCAGAUUGGCCGCGUUCAGUGAAAUUUUCAUCAUGCCCAUCACGGUGCUGUUUGUAUUUUCUGGCAAAGCGGGACUUAUGACCCCACUGGUGUACUACCAAUUCCUUGUGCUGCGUUACUCGUCUCGACGCAAUCCUUACACGCGAAACAUGUUCUACGAGAUGCGUUUGGUGGCGGAAAACUUUGCCAAUGGAACCAGCACGCCACCCUUUUUGCGCAAAGCCCUCCAAGGAGGCAUCGGCUUUAUCAGCCGGUUAGCGCCACCGACGCAAGUGCAACAGCAGCAGCAGCAGCAACAGUAAACAAAGGGAACAGUGGAAACCCAUUUAAUGUUGUUUUGCAUACACCACCUACAUUCACUUGACCAACACAUAAAACACAUCGUAUGUUACUUUUAAGCAGUUUAGAUUACUGUGCUUUUGUGCGUAGAAAUUUAAUUGACUGCUGUUCUCCGAUUUAAUUGUAUUGUGCGGGUUGUAUUUUAUUGCCCUGGAUGUCACUCAUACAAGGCCUAGAAAGGUCUUUUUUUUAGCAUGUUACUGGGGUGGGAGCAACUAUUGGUCCGCAAGAACAUGCACAUUUUGUGGUGUAAAAUUUAGGGUCCUGCUCGAUUUAUAUUUCCCUUUCGUGCUCUUCAUUGUUUGUAUCCACACAUACACACACAUACCGUUUGUUAAUUACUGUAUAUGUUUAGGGUGAAUGAUUCGUACUGUAAACAUUACGGAAAUGGAAAUAAAUACUAAAACAAAACAGA